AUUCCAGUUCAGCUCAGACCCUGGCUUCGAGGCACCACUGGGAGCUUCAAGAAAGACAAAAUCAAGAUGCCAGAGCCUGCAAAGAAAACAGCUUCUGCUUUCACCAAGAAGCCAAAGACAACAGAGGUAGUGGAAGGAGACACAGCUGUGUUUGAAGCAGAGACUGAAAAGACUGGCAUCAAGGUAAAAUGGCAGCGAGCUGGAGCAGAAAUGUUUGAAAACGAGAAGUAUAUCAUCAAGGCUGAGGGGAACAAGCAUUCACUCACUAUCAAUAACAUUGGAAGAGAGGAUGAUGCGACAUAUGCUGUAAUUGCAGGGAGUUCCAAGGUCAAAUUUGACCUCAAGGUCAAAGAGCCAGAAAAGUCUGAGGCAGUUCUUCCUACUGAAGCUGUUUGUACCCCAAUGGUCUCAGAGUCACCUACACCAGCAGAGACACAACCAGCAGAAUGCAGCAAGAGUUCCGAAGUUCCAGCUCCAGCUCCUGAGGCUCAGCCAGAGCUGCCUCUGGACCCUGUUGGUCUCUUUGUGACACGGCCUCAGGAUGGAGAAGUGACUGUCGGUGGAAACAUCACAUUCACUUGCAAAGUGGCAGGUGCCAGCAUGCUGAAGAAACCAUCAGUGAAAUGGUUCAAGGGAAAGUGGAUGGACCUGGGAAGCAAAGUGGGGAAACAUCUUCAGCUGCAUGACAGCUAUGACCGAAACAACAAGGUUUACAUCUAUGAAAUGCACAUUAUCCAAGCGAAAAUGACUUAUGCAGGGGGGUAUAGAUGUGAGGUGUCUACAAAGGACAAAUUCGAUAGCUGUAACUUCAGCCUGAUUGUCCAUGAAGCACCAGCAACAGGAGACAUGGAUAUCCGCACUGCCUUCCGACGAACGAGCCUGGUGGGAGGAGGAAGACGGAUUGCAGAGGGACAUGAAGAUGGUGCAGAGCUGGAUUUUAGUGCCUUAUUGAAAAAGAGCAGCUUCUUGCGCUCAGUAAAUCGUGAACCAAAAACUGAAUCACAACCUGAUGUUGAUGUCUGGGACAUCCUGCGGAGAGCUCCUCCUUCUGAGUAUGAGAAAAUUGCUUUCCAGUAUGGUAUCACAGACCUACGGGGGAUGCUGAAACGCCUCAAACGCAUAAAAAAGGAGGAGAAGAAAAGUACAGCAUUCCUCCAGAAGCUGGAUCCUGCUUACCAAGUGGACAAAGGACAGAAGAUCAAGUUAAUGGUUGAACUUGCCAACCCAGAUGCUGAAGUGAAAUGGCUGAAGAAUGGACAGGAGAUCCAAGUGAGCGGCAGCAAAUAUAUUUUUGAGGCUGUUGGGAAUAAGAGGAUCCUGACUAUGAAUCACUGCUCCCUAGCUGAUGAUGCAGCAUAUCAGUGUGUGGUUGAUGAGGAGAAAAGCUUCACAGAACUAUUUGUAAAAGAGCCUCCAAUCCUGAUCAGCCAUCCACUGGAGGACCAGGUGGUGAUGGUUGGAGAGAGAGUGGAGUUUGAGUGUGAAGUGUCUGAGGAAGGGGCUGCUGUGAAAUGGGAAAAGGAUGGAAUUGAGCUGAAACGGGAAGAGACAUUCAAGUACCGGUUCAAGAAGGAUGGGAAAAAGCAUUACCUGAUCAUUAAUGAGUCAACCAAGGAGGACAGCGGGCACUACACUGUGAAGACCAAUGGUGGGGAGUCAGUCGCUGAACUGAUCAUACAAGAGAAGAAGCUGGAAGUGUACCAGAGUAUCGCAGACCUGACAGUGAGGGCACGGGACCAGGCAGUCUUCAAGUGCGAAGUCUCCGAUGAGAAUGUGAAAGGAAUCUGGUUGAAAAAUGGGAAGGAGGUGAUCCCAGAUGAGAGGAUAAAGAUCUCUCAUAUUGGCAGAAUCCAUAAGCUAACUAUUGAUGAUGUAACCCCAGAAGAUGAGGCUGACUAUUCUUUUGUCCCUGAAGGAUUUGCUUACAACCUUUCUGCCAAACUCAGAUUUUUGGAGAUCAAGAUUGAUUUUGUGCCAAGACAAGAACCCCCCAAAAUCCAUCUGGACUUCAUGGGUCAAGCAGCCCCUGACACUAUUGUUGUGGUGGCUGGGAACAAACUUAGAUUGGACGUUCCCAUAUCAGGAGAUCCAAUACCCACUGUCAUCUGGCAGAAAGUAAACAAGGUAAUGUGUAACACAGCAUUAGGCUCUCCUGUUUCCACCCUAGAUACAAAUGACUUCACUUGCUGUUUUCAGUGCCCACAGCUUCUCUCUGAAACUGAAGGUAGAGUUCGUGUAGAGAUGCAUGAAGACCACUGUAUCUUCAUCAUUGAAGGAGCAGAGAAGCCAGAUGAGGGGGUUUAUAGAGUUACAGUAAAGAACCCAGCAGGAGAAGAUAAGGCUGAUAUCACAGUAAAGGUUAUUGAUGUUCCUGAUCCUCCAGAGGCUCCCAAGAUCAUCGAUGUUGGAGAGGAUUACUGCACAGUACAGUGGCAACCCCCUAAAUAUGAUGGAGGACAACCAAUACUGGGCUAUAUCUUAGAGAGGAAAAAGAAGAAGAGCUACCGGUGGAUGCGGCUGAACUUUGACCUUUUGAAGGAGCUGUCAUAUGAAGCCAAGCGAAUGAUUGAAGGUGUUGUUUAUGAGAUGCGGCUUUAUGCUGUGAAUUCCAUUGGCAUGUCCCGGCCUAGCCCCGCCUCACAGCCUUUCAUGCCAAUUGCUCCCCCAAGUGAACCAACCCACUUGACAGUGGAAGACAUCUCUGACAGCACUGUUACCCUGAAGUGGAGACCCCCUGAGCGGAUUGGAGCAGGGGGACUAGAUGGCUACAAUGUGGAGUACUGCAAAGAAGGAUCUACAGAGUGGGUUCCAGCUCUUCAGGGUCUAACUGAGAGAACAUCUGCACUCAUUAAAGAUCUGGUCACCGGGGACAAACUCUACUUCCGUGUCAGGGCUAUAAACCUGGCUGGUGAGAGCGAACCAGCACUAACCAAAGAGCCUGUUACCAUCCAAGAGAUCCUGCAACGUCCCAAAUUCUGGCUGCCACGCUAUCUACGGCAGACUCUGGUGAAGAAAGUAGGAGAGACAAUCAAUAUUGUGAUUCCCUUCCAGGGUAAACCUAGACCCAAAGUCACUUGGACAAAAGAUGGUCAAACACUAGACGCCAAAGAGGUGGGAAUUCGGAACAGCACCACAGAUACUAUCCUGUUCAUUCGAAAGGCUGAGCAUCACCACUCAGGGACAUAUGAAGUGGAAGUUCAGAUAGAAAACAUGAAUGAUAAGGUUGCUAUUACCAUGCAGAUAAUGGACAAACCUGGUCCACCUCAGAAUGUGAAAAUCAUAGAUGUGUGGGGAUUCAAUGUCGCUCUGGAGUGGAAACCACCCCAAGAUGAUGGCAAUGCACAGAUCUCAGGGUACACAAUCCAGAAGGCUGACAAAAAGACAAUGGAAUGGUACACUGUUUUUGACCACUAUCGACGCACCAACUGUGUAGUGUCAGACCUGAUUAUGGGGAAUGAGUAUUAUUUCCGUGUCUUCAGUGAAAAUGUGUGUGGACUGAGUGAAACUGCUGCAACAACUAAAACUCCUGCCUACAUACAAAAGACAGGCACCAUUUAUAAACCACCCAGUUACAAAGAGCAUGACUUCUCUGAAGCCCCCAAAUUCACUCACCCCUUAGUAAGCCGUUCUGUGAUCUCUGGAUACAAUGCUACACUCAGCUGUGCUGUAAGAGGAAGCCCCAAGCCAAAGAUAUUCUGGUACAAGAACAAAGUGGAUCUCUCUGGAGAUGCCAAGUAUCGUAUGUUCAGUAAGCAAGGGGUAUUGACCCUGGAGAUCCGAAAGCCCAGUCCCUUUGAUGGAGGCUUUUACACCUGUAAAGCUGUGAAUGAAUGUGGUGAAGCUGAAAUAGAGUGCAGAUUGGAUGUCAGAGCACCUCAGUAAAACUCUAAACCUUAGUUCAUCAGCAAUUCAAGGUGGUGUUGGAAUUUGAAAAGAA